AUGGCUGCCGAGGAGCUGUCAGAUGCCGGCAUGGCCGACAUCAUCCGCGCACUAGAAGUCAUUCAUAGCCCAACGUCGACGAAUGAGCUUCGCAAAGAGGCCCUGACAUUCGUCGAAUCGUUGAAGGACAACGAUGCGGCCGCCCGGAAUGGUUUUCUCCUGGCAUCGCGUACGGACCAUGCCCCAGUGGUGCGAUACUUCGGUCUCACUCUUCUGGAUCACGUCCUGCGCCACCUACCUUUCACCAAUUCCGAAGACGCGAUAAACAUACGAUCCAUGAUCCUGCAGCUCGCCGAGAAUACACGCGCCGAAGAGCCCAAUUAUUUCCGCAACAAGAUUCCCCAGCUGUGGUCCGAGGCUGCUAAGAAGAGCUGGGGCCUGGAUUGGAUGGACAUGGAUACUGCUUUGGUCAAAUUUUGGGGAUCGUCUCUCGUACACAAUGAGCUCGUGCUCUCGGUCCUGGAGACCCUCUCGGAGGACGUCUUCUUUCGCGAGGAUACCGUCUCUUCGCUUCGUGGCUCCGAGUUGAAUCGUGCUCUCGUGGAGAUUUUCACUCCUGCUGCGAUUGUGGAACAAAUCAACCCGGACAACAAAACGAACGCGACGCUGCGCUGCGGUGACGAAGGCUGGCUUGUCCGGAUCUGUGAAUUCCUAGAUAAUUGUGUGCAAAAUGCUUCGAGCUCCUCGCAGGCUCGAGAUGCUGCUGUAAAGGCUUUGACAACUCUGCGAUCUGCGCUAUCUUGGUCUAUCUACAAAGCUGUUGUGGCUUCCCAGGUUGUCUCAAGUAUCUUCAGGGCAUUGACUUGCCAAGAUGAUCAGGUUCUCCUCGCGGCAGUCGAAGCUCUUCAUUCCCUAUACGGAAGAAACAACAUGGGAAAUGAAGACUCGCACGGUCUUGUCUGCUUGAUCUUCGAACCCGAUUAUCUCAAUACCCUUCAAAAUCUAUACCAAUGGUCAAUCGUGGAGCCUGACGACACGGAUGAGCCGAAGUACUUGAUAUCCAAAAAGCUCUCUGAGAUGGUAUCAUAUAUAGCCGGAUGCCUGGAAGAUGAUAAAUUCCUCCAAAAUACCAUGAAUCGUCUGGACCUCCCGCUAUUCUUCAACUUCAUGGUGAACAUCAUGCAGCACCGGAGCUUGAUUGUUUCCAUUCCCGUACUGCACCUUUGGUCAAGGCUUCUUGCUAUUAGCAAGAUUGGCAGAUCGGACUUUGUUCUAAGCUUGACACCUAGCUUUCUGAACAUCUGCACGCAGCGCUUGACACGCUGGGAAUCCCUACCCUCCGACUCAGAGGAUCCCACAGUCCAAUUUCUGACCGAUGAUAUUGACACUCUGCCCGAGCGUCAUGCCUUUGUAGGCAACUAUCGCCGCUACUGCUCCUCUGUCAUCGAGACCAUUACCAAGAACCGCCCGCAGGAUGCUGUUCGCGAAAUCUUGGGCCGAGUCGAUGACAACCUGAAUAAUCUAUACAACGGGCUGGAACCGUUUAACAUGUCAACCUUCAACAAGUCGGCCAUCUCACUCAUGCGUGCGGACGCCCAGUUUGCGGUCGUCGAAGCUGUCGUCAAGGGGUUUAACAAGUGGCUUGAUUCGCACGGCAAAGCACCUCAGAAUGAUGAGCAGGAACGCAGUGAGCUGGAAUUUGCCCUGGAAAACUGGGCCUCUAAUCUGAUGCAACGGUCUUUCGAUGACCCUGUUCUCAAGCAACGCGUCAUAAAAUUGGUUGUGGAUAUCUCAUCCCGUGCCCUGGACAACCAUCCCGCCUUUGCGCUUAAGGUCCUGGAGCACAUCCUCAUGACCCGUCUUCCGGACCAACCUGGAUAUCCUGCUUAUUCUGAAGCCGUGAAAGAGCUUCAUGGCCUUGCCAGUCACGAACUUCGUCGUCUCGCAAUCCGCUAUGCGGACUAUUUCUCAACGUUCUAUGAUUUGCUAGAGCCGAAGAUCCGGGAAAUUACUCAAGCGAAUAGAGUAGACGAUAAACUGCAAAUGGAACUGACAUCCAUUCUGCUGAUCAUUAUGCAACGCGCAAGCAAUAUUGAUCCUAACCUCCGUCAACAGCGACUUGGCGCAUUCCUCGAACCUAUCCGCGAGGCUUGGCAAGACGAAUCUUUCAGACAGACCAGUUCCUCCUUCGACGGAUUCUGCAGGAUGCUGGGAUUGGAAAAUGUUGGCUCAUAUAUGCAGGCCAAGCAAGCUUAUAAAUUCGCCGAUUGGUCGGAGGUGAUCCUCGAUGAGGAAGGAAAGGUUGUGCAGGAAGAGAUGACAAGGAAAUUCCAGAUGCUGCCACUUCGAGGCACAAAGACUAUGUUGGCGGUUUCCACAGACAGGCUUAAGAAGACCUCGCCUGCCUACUCGGUUGGCUGUGAUAUGUGGCGUGAUCUCAUUCCACAGAUUCUCCCGACCCUCCUUCAACUCGUCACUCAUGCACACGCCUUCCACAACCCUGGCAAUUGGGCCGUCAGUGAUGAAAUGCGUGCUGUUGUUGAGCGGAUCUUGACCGACCGAUUCUGGCAAGCCGGAAUUUCGAGCGGCAGCCGCGAUGACUUUUAUGCCAGAAUCACCGCAUCCAAGGCCACCAUGGAAGGAUUUGCUUCUUCUGUUCGUGGCAAAAUCAGAGCAGUUCGUGAAUCCUGUUACUCAAUGCUGUUUAGCAUGAGCAGAAUGCGUGACCAGUUCUACGGGUUCGCUGAACUGCCCGGCCCCCUGUCUCAAGCUUUAUUUAAAGACUCAGAGCAUCUUUCCUCCCACCAUACCGCAGCCACUUCCUUCCCCCCCAUGCUUGCCACGUUGUUCGGCAGCAUUGACCGCAAGAUCACGACUGAGUGGCAACUAAUUGAACAGCGAAAGAACGGCGUGUCGGACGGCGACCUCACAGACGAAAUGAAAUCAGAGAGCGUUCUCCGCCAGCUCACUUACUCCGCUGUUAUCAUGGUCGCUAGCUUGUUCGAUCCCCAGAGAGGAGACCCCGAUGGUACCGAAUCUGACCCCAGCGCCCCCCAGCCCACCCCCGAACUUUCCGACUCCAUUCGCCACUUUGUCCUUUCUUCUCCUGAAAUUUUUGAGCCGCUCAUGCUUUUCUGCACUCAUGCUCUUAGCAUGCGAGAUACCCGAUGUUGUAGCAUUAUCACUCGUGUUAUUCGAUCGAUCCUUGCCGAUUUCGCCCCUCCCAACAACAGCGCCACGACCAUGACCAUUCGAGAGUUCAUCUGCACAGAGGUACUGAAGGCUUGUAUCACGUCUGUCCACGAGCCCUAUUUCGUCGAUAUGCAGAAGGACCUGGCUCAACUCAUUGCUUCCAUUUGGGUUCUGUAUGGAUUUGCGAGUGAAACACCCAAAUCCGUGCUCCUGAGUCUUCCCGGGAUCACUGAACAGAAGUUUGUCCAAACAGAAGCGGCUCUGCAACGAUGCACGUCACCUAGGCAGCAACGUGCUUUGAUUCUCGACCUUCUCGAGCCCCUUCGCGGAGUGAGCAUUGCUGAGCAAGGUAAAAUUCUCGGCUCCCGUGAAGAGCGCCGUAAGGCCCGUAGCGCUCUGCAGGAGAGAUACAUGACCAACGAAAUGGAAACCCAACAAGAAAGUCAACGGGUCGAUAUCAAUGAUGGCCCAGAUCUCUCUGGCGUCGCUGACAUGUUUGGAUAA